GCAGCACCAGACUUCACGUAGGUUUCCAUCGCAUUUGGUUCCUUGGGAGAUAUUCCACAUUCCUUUGGCGCCUCCUAUAAAUAUGCCAUGGACCUGAGGGUGUGAAGACUUUCCUGUAAGACUCCAUAUCUCCAGCUUGAAAUCCGAAUCCGAGAUGAUGUUGGGCAGAGUUGCUCUCUUUGGCCUUGUCCUGUACUGCCUGCUGUGGACAGAGGAUGUGGAGGGAGGAUCCAGCUUUUUAAGCCCGGCCGAUAUGCAUAAAAAUGCGGGUAAGAAAAUACCAAAAAAACUGCCGUACAACAACAUGAACCGCAGGGAAGCCGGAGACCCCUGGGGGGAUCUUGUGGAUGAACGAUCAGAAGACCCAGAAGAGAUUGGGGUGACCAUCCCUCUGGACAUUAACCUGAAGCUGACCCAGGACCAGUUCCAGAGACAGAAAGCCACCAUAGAAAGCCUCCUGCUCGGACUGUUCUCCCUCGGCUCAGCUCCAGAUGUAGAAGAGGAGAAAGCCUAGCAGUCCCCCCGCCGCACGCUGAGCCGCAGUCCCCCUGCCGCACGCUGAGCCGCAGUCCCCCUGCCGCACGCUGAGCCGCAGUCCCCCUGCCGCACGCUGAGCCGCAGUCCUCCUCCUGUCAGUCACUGCAUGAACCUGUCUCAAAUAAAUGUU